CAGACGACGGGCCGCCAUAUUGCACGAGUGUAUUGCGUGAGAACGAGUUCGGUUCAAUCGAGUGUCCCGGCGAAGAUGAUAAAUUCGGCGAGUGCGAUCGCCCGCCAGGCGGUGAGGAGGUUCACGACGAGCGCGGUCCGCAGAAGUGGCCAUCACGAUCCCUACGAUGGCGUACCCGGACACAACUUUCCGUUCAGCACGCAGAACAGGCACGUGCUGCUGGCUAUAUUUAUGGCCUUCUGCGGCAGCGGAUUCUCCGUUCCCUUCCUCAUCGUCCGUCACCAGCUAAAGAAAUAAGCCUCUAGUACGUCGAGUGUCGUCCUGCGAGUCAGAUUACCUGGCUGUGUUGAACGAUAAUCUUGCACCAAUGCUGCGAGCGUCAUUUGAUUACGCUAGGAUAAUGCAAUAGGAAAUGUAUGUAUUUGUAAUAAAGACAAUUUAUUAACAUCUGAUGAUAUCUAUCAGAUGUACAAACUUAUUAAAAUUGUUAUAUUA